AUGUAUAAAAAACCGGAGAAACCAAAAAAUCAUUUAGCUGCACGACUUAAUAAAUUUCAAGAAACUAUCAAUUUAACACGGGCAUCACCAACACCAGAGAUAGUAUCUAUACAUGAUCAACAAGAACUUCCAGCUAAUGUAAUCAAUGAAAUUAAGCAUGUAUUUCAGCUAAUUAAAGAUAAUGGACAACAAGGUGAUUAUGCCGUACAACUAAAAUUUGGUGAACUAAUACCAAUCUUUGGCGAUACUCAAGUCGCUAAAUUAGUUGAAAUUUUAUCGACUGCACGUAAACAUGGUUAUAUGAAUUAUUCGGGUAAUAAUCUACUAGAACAAGAUCAAGAUGAAGAUGUUUAUAUUAAAUUAAUUAAAACACCGUAUUAA